AUGAGGCUUCGGCUCCGGGUCCGGCUUCCGAGCGUGCCGAUAGAGCCAAGGGCAGCAAGAGCGGCGCCUCGCCCAAGUUCAAGGCCAAAAGGGGCCAAGGGCGUGGCCGUGGAAAGAGCUCCGGCUCCAACAACCGUGGUCCUAGCCAGGACCAGAGGGAGUUCGAGAGAUGGAAGGCGGACCACGCUCGCAUGCUGGCCGCGGAAGAGGCACAACGCCGAGCAGAAGGACAGAGGCAAGAGACUGCUGCAGGACUGCAGUCGCCUCUUUCAGGAGAAGACCGACGUCCAGCUCCAGCUCGACAACGCGAGGAAGGUCUUCAAGAAAGAGUGUGUCGACAUGCGCAAGGAGAACGACGAGGCAAAGGUGCAGGCGAAGACCGCCCGGGAGCAAACCGAUGCCGUCAAGCGGGACUUCGAGAAGUUCAAGGUAUACAUGGAUGGCAAAGUGGAGCAGGCAGAGAAGAGGGCCAAGGAAGCGAAAUCCGAGAAG